AUUUAUUCAAAAUGAAGAAAGGAAUUCAUCCUCAGAUGCAGUGGAUAUCGUACGUGACCCAGAGUGGCAGAUUGAUGCACAUUAUGAUGACCAAAAUUCACCAUGUCGGUAAAGUCUACCACUUCAGGGCGCGGCGACAAAUGGCUGAAAGUUUAGGACAGAUUGCCAAGUUUAAGCGCCGCUAUGGACAAGAAGACACAGAAGACACUACAAAAUGACCUGCUUUAAGACCAAAAGGGGAGCUCAGUAUUGGUGCUCAUAUUUUGUCAUGUACUUUAGAUUGGAAAGUAACAAAGACCAAACCAGUGAGUUUUGCUAUGAAGAGCAAUAACUAUUUUCUGCUAAUGGGCACUUGAAUUUUAAGAACAAUUCAAUUUUUGAUCAGUUUAGUUAACAAUGCUGUCACUGCCUAAUUAAACUGAGUAUAUGUAACUUUAUUGAAUUUGGUCAAUUUGAGUCCUUGCAAAAUACAGAAAUAUCAAGACAAGUUUUUAGGUUUGUGGAUUUAUGUCCUCUUUGUAAUGAAUAUAUGGUAAUUCUGCAAUUCCUAUCAAUUUCAUAGAAAGAAAUUGAAAAUA